GAAGUUGAACCAGAACCACCGGAACCAACCAACAAGUCCAAAGCUAGCUAGCCAGUUAAACGCAAGCUAGACACAAAAGAGUGAUUUGACACACUGUGUACAGUUGGUUAAAGAAAUAUCCGAUGAGCGUCACAUUGAUAUUUCAAACGUAGCCUGACUGUUUCUCUCAACGAGGGGACACGGAUAUACAAGCUUUAUUUUCAGGAUGGAUCCAGCUUUGCUUCGGGAGAGGGAGCUGUUCAAGAAGAGAGCCCUCAGCACUCCCGCGGUUGAGAGGAGGCCAGCCCCUUCUGAAUCGAGCUCUUCCAAGAAGAGAAAGGCCAGGCCAGACAAGGAGGCAUCAGGAUCCAAACAAGGUGCAGAUUCAAACAAUGGCUCCUUUAACCUGAAAGCUCUCUCCGGCAGCUCCGGCUACAGGUUUGGAGUUCUGGCCAAAAUCGUCAACUACAUGAAGACGAGGCACCAGAAAGGUGACACACACGGCCUGAGUCUGGAGGAGAUUCUGGAUGAGACCAAACUGUUGGACAUUGGCAUGAAGCAGAAACAGUGGCUGAUGGGCGAGGCUCUUGCCAAUAACCCAAAGAUAGAAGUGAAUGAUGGGAGGUAUGGCUUCAAGCCCAAGUACAAUCUGAAGGAUAAGAAGGCUCUGCUGCGGCUGCUGGACAAACACGACCAGCUGGGGUUGGGAGGUGUGAUGCUGGAAGACGUGGAGGAGGGCCUGCCCAAUUCAGCCAAGGCCAUCAAGGCUUUAGGUGAUCAGAUCGUAUUUGUUACAAGACCAGACAAGAGGAAAAUUCUAUUCUUCAAUGACAAACACUGUCAGUUUACAGUAGAUGAUGAGUUUCAGAAGCUAUGGCGCAGUAUUCCAGUGGAUUCCAUGGAUGAAGAAAAAAUUGAGGAAUACCUGAAGAGGCAGGGCAUCACCUCUAUGCAGGAGACCGGACCAAAGAAAAUGUUACCAAUUCAUAAGAGGAAGAAGGGAGGCAGUCAGAAGGCAAGACGGUUCAAGACCCACAACCACCAUCUGGCUGGUGUGUUGGAGGACUACACAGAUGGAGUGCCCACCAAGAAGUGACCACACACACACACACUUUUGACUAUAUGGGACUGAGUUUCAAGAGUUGUCAAGAGGAUUAUUACUUUGCCACAUACAUGAACACAGAAAAAAUACAAGGAAAAAAACAAGAAACAAGUUGACAUCAGAAGGCACUGCCAUUUUUCUCUUAGUAGAGCUCAGUGACAAACACAAAUGUGAACUGUUGUAAAUAUUUUCUUUAUUCUUUUAAGUUUGCUCUUAAGACAGUACAAGUAAUUACGUUGACAGCAUUUGAUUGGGAGUCUUUCUAGACAGAUGAUUAAAGGCAAAGACUAAU